AUAUCAUCUCCCCUACAUUCAAAAACCAUUCAAUUCCAUCUUUUACAUAAAUACUUAUUACAAAAAAUAAUAAUAAAUAUUUAUAAUAUUACAGCAAUAUAAUGGUCCUGUCGAAGACAGCCUCUCAAACGGACGUCUCCGUCCACUCCACCUUCGCCUCCCGAUAUGUCCGAGACUCUCUUCCCAGGUUUAAGAUGCCGGAGAAUUCGAUUCCGAAGGAAGCGGCCUAUCAGAUAAUAAACGACGAGCUGAUGCUGGAUGGAAACCCCCGGCUGAACCUCGCCUCCUUCGUCACCACUUGGAUGGAGCCCGAGUGCGACAAGCUCAUCAUGGAUGCCAUCAAUAAGAACUACGUCGACAUGGAUGAGUAUCCUGUCACUACUGAAUUACAGAACCGGUGCGUGAACAUGAUCGCCCACCUCUUCAACGCGCCGCUGGGCGACGGCGAGGCGGCGGUCGGCGUCGGCACCGUCGGUUCAUCGGAGGCAAUAAUGCUCGCCGGCCUAGCCUUCAAGCGCAAAUGGCAGAACAAAAUGAAAUCCUUAGGAAAACCCUACGACAAGCCCAACAUCGUCACCGGCGCCAACGUCCAAGUCUGCUGGGAAAAAUUCGCCCGCUACUUCGAAGUCGAGCUCAAGGAAGUCCAUCUCCGGGAAGGCUACUACGUCAUGGACCCCCAAAAAGCCGUCGACAUGGUCGACCAAAACACCAUCUGCGUCGCCGCCAUCCUCGGCUCCACCCUCAACGGCGAGUUCGAAGACGUCAAAACCCUAAACGACCUUCUUCUCCAGAAAAACGCCCAAACUGGGUGGGAGACUCCGAUCCAUGUGGAUGCUGCAAGUGGGGGAUUUAUAGCUCCGUUUCUGUACCCUGAACUGGAGUGGGACUUCCGGCUGCCAUUGGUGAAGAGCAUAAAUGUCAGUGGGCAUAAGUACGGAUUAGUCUACGCCGGAAUCGGUUGGGUCAUUUGGAAGAGCAAACGCGACUUGCCGGAAGAACUCAUCUUCCAUAUCAAUUAUCUCGGCGCCGAUCAGCCCACUUUCACUCUCAAUUUCUCCAAAGGUUCGAGCCAGGUGAUUGCGCAGUACUAUCAGCUGAUCCGAUUAGGGCAGGAAGGGUACAGGAACGUGAUGGAGAACUGCCAGGAGAACGCCACGGUUCUGAGGUCCGGUUUAGAGCGAACCGGGCGGUUCAACAUCGUCUCGAAGGACAACGGCGUCCCGCUGGUGGCGUUCAGCCUCAAGGACCGUUCCCGCCACGACGAGUUCGAGGUGUCGGAGAUGCUCCGCCGGUUCGGCUGGAUCGUUCCGGCCUACACCAUGCCGGCCGACGCCGAGCACGUGACCGUCCUGCGCGUCGUCGUCAGGGAGGAUUUCUCACGGACGCUCGCCGAGCGCCUCGUCAUCGACGUCCAGAAGGUUCUACACGAGCUCGACUGCCUCCCUGCCAGGGUUACCCAGAAGCUCGCCGAGAACGGCGCCGGCGCCGGAAAACAGUGCCACGCGCCGGCCGUCGUGAAGAAGACGGCGAUUGAAGUGCAGCGGGAGAUAACGGCGGUUUGGAAGAAAUUCGUUGCUGAUAGGAAGAAGACUAACGGCGUUUGUUAGGGAUUGGGAAUAUGUUAUUAAUUAAUAUUAAUUUUAAUUAUAUAUUAAUUAAGAAUUGUGACUGAUUGUGUGAGUCGAUGAUAUAUGGGCGUAGUUGUUGAAAUUAAUAAUUUCUGAAGGAGUAAUUAUACGUGUAUUUGUAUUGUUUUUUUAGUUCUAUCGGAAUUUAUAUUUGAC